GACACAGAGAGAAGAGGGGGGGGGGCGCUUGUUUUCCCUCCUCUCCUCUCCCUCCGGCUUUAAAAAAGUGAAACAGCUCAUUGAAGAGGAAAAGAGGGGGGCAGUCCUGUACUUCAAUCCAGCCUGGAUUGUAAGGAACAGUUAGUGUGCCGACACUAACCCAGAUACCAGACUCAACACACAGAGCCAGCUGAGGACCUGACAGAGCACAGGCAUGAACGACAUCAAGCUGGCCCUGCUGGGAAGCCAGGGGGCUGGGAAAUCAGCUGUCCUUGUGCGGUUCCUGACCAGGCGCUUCAUCGGUGAAUAUGCCUCUAACGCCAAUUCCCUGUACCAUAAAAGGCUGUCAAUCGAUGGCAGGCAGCUAAAUCUGGAGGUUUUUGACCCCUGCUCUCAGAGCUCAGAGGCCAGGUGUAUACUGGAGGAGCCGGUGGACUGGGCAGAUGGCUUUGUGGUGGUGUACAACAUCAGCGACUGCACUUCCUUCAUUAACGCCAAGAACAUCCUGCGGCAGAUUCGGGAGACACGCUUGAAAAACUGCAAAGGGGAGGUGGAGGUUCCUGUGUGUCUGGUGGGUAACAAGCAGGACCUGUGUCACGCCCGGCAGGUGCGUGAGGAUGAGGGCCGCUGCUUGGCUCAGGAGAACCGCUGUCACUUCCAGGAGGUCUCAGCUGCCGAGAGCUACCAGGACAUCGCCAACCUCUUCACCCAACUCAUCCGGCAGGUGAUGGAGCACCUCAAGUACAGAGCCGACCGACGACGCUACAGCGGCUCCAAGUCGAUGGCCAAACUCAUCAACAAUGUGUUUGGCAAGAGGAGGAAGUCAGUGUGAUGGUCCCAGGGAAGUCAGCUGGGGGGACUGAAGGACCCCUGUUAAAGGGAACCUGCUGGGUCUGAAAACUGUUACUACAUCGGUCCAAACAGUAACCUCAUGUUCACACUGUGGGCAACAUGUAUAGUUGGUGAGAAGGCUUGGAUGGUGUCAACAUUUACAGACAAAUAUGAGUCUGUCCCACAUCUUUGUCAAUUUUUCUUUUCUUAGUUUGCUUUGGUUUUUCCUACAAUGUGUUUCCCUGCUUUGAGCAAAGAUUUCGAAAGGACUAAUUAUGUUGUGAUUAAAACAAAGCAGGAUAUAGUUGACGAAGGCAAUGGUUCCCAACCUGGGGGUUGGGGCUCUAAUAAGGGGUCGCAAGAUGAUUAACAGGACAAGUAAGCAUAAAAGAAAACACAUUUGUGCUAAACAAAAGUUUUUAUUUAAACUUUGCUCUUAAAUUCGAAUGUAAAACACACACACACACACACACACACACACACACACACACACACACACACACACACACACACACAAACAUGUACACAACUUGUACACUUAAACAUGAAAAGGAGUUGAGUUUUAAGGGAACAAGUUGAAAAGGUUGGGAACCUGGGCUAGGUUAUUGUUCAAAUUAUUUCAAUAACGGACAAUGGCAGUACUGAGUUUCAGUAUCAAUACAACAUAUUUUUUGAUAUGACUUUCCUGAGUAUUACUGUAACAUUAACAAUUAUU